AUGGCCGAAAGAAACGCUGGGAGGAAUGAUGAGGCUCUUGCUGCAGCUAUGCAGGCAAUGGCUCAGACGUUCCAGAACCCACCCAAUGCUGACGAGAAUGUGGGGUCUCGUAGUCUGGCGACGUUUCAGAGGGAGAACCCGCCUACUUUUCUGGGUAGGUAUGAUCCUGAAGGAGCCUUGGCUUGGUUGAAGGAGAUUGAAAGAAUCUUCAGAGUGAUGGAUUGCAGUCUUGUGCAAAAGAUCCGUUAUGGAAUUCAUAAGCUGUCAGGUGGAGCCGAUGAUUGGUGGGUGGACACUCGUCUAAGGUUGGAAACUGCGGGCGAGGAGAUUACUUGGGAAGUGUUUCGUAGAGAAUUUCUGAGGAAGUAUUAUCCAGAAGAUGUGCGAGGAAAGAAAGAGAUUGAAUUCCUCGAGUUGAAGCAAGGGAACUUGUCAGUCACGGAGUAUGCUGCUAAGUUCACUGAAUUGGCUAAGUUCUAUCCUCACUAUGAUGGAGCUAAUGCCGAAAUCUCUAAGUGCAUUAAGCUUGAAAAUGGAUUGCGUCCGGAAAUUAAGAAAGCUAUGGGAUAUCAAAAGAUUCGCGUCUUUGCGGAUCUGAUUGAUAGUUGUAGAAUCUUUGAAGAGGACAACAAUGCACACUAUAAGAUCUUGUCUGAGAAGAGAGGAAGGGGUCAACACAGUCGUGGUAAGCCAUAUGAAACUCCGGUUGGGAAAGGGAAACAGAAAGUGAUUCCGGGUCGAAGAACAAGUGGGGGAGAUGCUCCUGCUAAUGUUAUCUGUUUCAAGUAUGGAAAGCCGGGUCACAAGAGUAAUGUGUGUAGGCUUGGUGAAACGAGAUGUUUCCGUUGUGGUAUGCCGAGACAUGCGGCUCGUGAUUGUAAGCAGAAGGAUGUUGUUUGCUUUAACUGUGGGGAAGGAGGACAUAUGAGUGCUAAAUGUCAGAAGCCAAAGAGGGGACAAGAGAGUGGUAAAGUGUUUGCUUUGUCGGGUUGGAUGUAG